GUGAUAAAGGGAUUUACAGUGAUAUUGUUUUUUCUCCAGGUCUUCAGGUGAAGGUGACUGGUGGACAUCAGGAUAAGACACUGACCUGUAUCACCACCUGUACUCUGGCUGACAACCCCACCUACAUCUGGUACAAGAACGGACAACAUCUAGAUGAGAGCACCUCCCCCCAGUACAAAGACCCAGUCUCCAGUAACUAUGAAGACAGUUACUCCUGUGCUGUAAAAGGCCAUGAGGAUCUCCUCUCUCCUGCAGUGUGUGUUCAGGGUCAGAGCUGCAGCAGAGUGAAUUACACCAAGAGGAGAAUCUGUGUCUUGAAGGGGUCAACAGUGGACAUAUCCUGUACUUAUGUUGGUUAUGAUUACAUCACAUCAACAUUCUGGUUUAGAAGUGAUAAGUCGACCCCUGAAGACCUAACCACAGACCCAGGGUAUGCAGGUCGUGUGGAGUACACUGGAACAUUUGAAGGUCCCUUCAUCCUGAGAAUCACAGAUCUGAGAGAGGAGGACUCAGCUGAGUAUCGCUUCACUUUUAAAACAUACAGCAUUGAAUGGGGUCAUAGUUUCCCAGGAACAACUCUGACUGUCACAGACCUGCAGGUGAAGGUGACUCCUGGCACAGUGACAGAAGGAUCAUGGGUUAUACUGACAUGUAGCACCACCUGUACUCUGACUGAAAUCCCCAACCCCACCUACAUCUGGUACAUGAACGGAGAAUAUCUAUUUUCUGACUCCUCUCCCCAGUAUCAAUACUCAGUCAGUAGAGGAGGUUCUGACAGCUACUCCUGUGCCUUAAGAGGCCAUGACAAACUUAGCUCUCCUGAAGUCACAGUGGAUACUUCUUCUCUGAACUGCUUGAGUGUGACCUACACCAGUAGAAGCAUCUGUUCCUUGAUACCAUCCGUGGACCUGCCUUGCACUGCCAUAUAUCCCACAGACCUGCAGGUGAAGGUGACUCCUGACACAAAGGCAGGGAAGAGGACACUGACCUGUAGCACCACCUGUACUCUGACUGACAACCCCACCUACAUCUGGGACAGGAACGGACAGUCUCUUGCUUGGCUCUCUUCCCAACAACACUCUCUCUGGAGUUCUGAAACAGAGAGUUACUCCUGUGCUGUUAAAGGCCAUGAGGAUCUCCGCUCUCCUGCAGUGUGUGUUCAGGGUUACAACUGCUGGAGGGUGACUUACACCAAGAGGAGAAUCUGUGUCUUGAAGGGCUCCACAGUGGACAUAUCCUGCUCUUACACUCAUCCCACUAGUUAUAUAGAACAAGGUUCAUUCUGGUUUACACAGAAAGACCCUGUAGAUGUCAGGUCAUAUCCAGAGUAUGCAGGUCGUGUGGAGUACAAUAGGAACACAGAGAACCACCACACCAUGACAAUAACACACCUGACAGAGAAGGACUCAGCUGAAUACAAAUUCAUCUUAAUAACAACAGAUGAGGGGAGAUUUUCUGGCCUUCCUGGUGUGAUGUUGACUGUCACAGAUAUCCUGUUGGAGAUGGAUCCUACGUCUGUGUCAGAGGGGGAGAGAGUCACACUGAGAUGUAGAACCAAAUGUACAGUCGGUCUCAACCCCACCUACAUCUGGUACAAGAACGGACAAAGUCUGACCAACCCAGUCACCAGUUAUAACAGCCUGAUCCUAGACCCAGUCAGCAGUGAGGAUGCAGGGAACUACUCCUGUGCUGUAGAAGGCUUAGAGAGAAUCCUCUCUCCAGAAGAGACUCUCACUGUCAGAUAUGGCCCAAAGAACACCUCAGUGUCAGUCAGUCCCUCUGGUGAAAUAGUGGAGGGCAGUUCAGUGACUCUGACCUGCAGCAGUGAUGCCAACCCACCUGUGGACAAAUACACCUGGUACAAGAAGAACGUAACCUCACCAAAAGCAUCAGGACAGAGUUACAGCAUCACUAACAUCAUCUCUGAGGACAGAGGAGAAUAUUACUGUGAGGCCCAGAAUGGAAGAGGAUCUAUGAACUCUACAGCUCUGAUGAUCAUUGUAGCAGGGAAACAAACAUCAGUUGUGACUGCAGCUGUAGGAAUCAUAGUGGUUGUUCUGAUUCUCAUCCUCUGUUUCUCUGGAUUCAUGUGGUUCAGGAGAUCCACAGGAGGAAGUGAUGCCACAGCAGACACACAGAGUGUCCGUCCUGACUGUAACAGUGACACGUACACAGCUCUGAACAUGAGGACCAUGUCCCCUGACUAUGACACUCUGAUAAGUGUCCAUCCUGACCCUAACAGUGAUACGUACACACCUCUGAACAUGAAGACCAGGUCACCAGAGUAUGACACCCUGGCAAAUGUGAGGGGAAUCUCCCACUGAAGAGUAUCACCACAGAACCUGGACUGAAGAGAACAACCACAGAUCCUGGACUGAAGAGAAGCACCAUAGAUCCUGGACUGAAGAGAGGCACCACAGAUCCUGGACUGAAGAGAACCACCACAGAUCCCAGACUG